UCGCAAAUAUAAACAAAUCGGACUAUAUAACAAACCGUUUCAUUCGUGAACCCGAAAAGGUUUUUUUUUAUUACAGAGUCAGUUUGGAACUAACUCAUUCAAAAACGAAUUCGCUAUUAGUGUAUUGGCCCACCGUAUUAAAACGCCGUGGCACAGUGUCGAAUCUACCAAAGUUUUGAGUUGGCGUGAAGAAAAGAUGUUCUCUAUCAGAUUAGUAUGCCCGAAUGCAGUUUCAAAUUGUUAAAAUUUGAAUGAGAAUAAUCACUUAAUGUUCUCCAAAUGUUUCAAACAGAAAUGUUAAUUUUCAUUUAUAUUUUUUAUUGUAAAAAUGUGUAUACUCCGCCUCGAAAACCUACAACAUUUUGGCUUCACACCAAUUGAACACGAAGCUUGCUGCCGUCAACGCGAAUUGUGACACAAUUAUGAGAUCAUGAAAAUAAAACAGACAGCGGAUAUUACAAUUCAAAAACAAGCAUAAAAUUGAAAGAAAAUGUAAAUUCGUUUAUUUGUCUUUUCGUUAGAACACUGUUUCAAUUAUAAAAAGUUACGCCGUCAUACCCGGAUACAAAAGUUCCGUGCUAAAGUGUUUACGUUAUUGUUAUACGUGCAUUGUUUAUCAUCAAGUGUGCCAAAAUUUUUUGUUUUGAAAAAUCGAACCAAAAUGGCACAAUCGUCGAGUUGUUCGAAUCAACAAUCGAACAAGGAAAUAUUGGAACAACUGCUCGCCAAUUUCCAAUGUGCUAUUUGCGUAAAAUUUCCGCAAAACACCCACAUUUGCCCUUCCUGCUCGGCGAUGUAUUGCUUCGACUGCAUCCGGGAUUGUUUGCUGGCAACCGAUGCAUCCAGACGGAACAAGUGUGCCAAAUGUAGUAAAACCCAUCUCAACGCACUGAUCAAGUUGCGCUGCUUCGACGACAUGGAGCAGUUGGGUAUCGAAAUGGGAAGCCUUGAUUUGAAUGGCGGGUAUUCGCCCCCGGUGGAUGAGUCAGAAUCUGUGACAGAAUCGGGGACGCCUGAGCUGGAAUUGGAAGAGGAGGUGGAAUGUACAGAAAUUCCGGUAGGCCGGGUGGAACCUGUUGAAGGUUUACCGAAGGCAGUUGAGGGAACUUUCACCUUGCGAAACAUUCAUCGAUGCAAACUGGAACAUGUCUGCUCAGAGCGUGUGACCGAUGAAAUGGGAUUCAUCUGGCGAAUGCGAGUAUAUCCCAAUGGAUAUCGAGAGCAAGGUAGUUCUAAAAAGAUGCAUGUUUGGGUCGAGAUGCUUUACGGUGAACCUGGUUUUUACGAGGUUGUGGUGGAGUUACGCAACUUCCAACCCCUGGCUUACAGAGUGAAAAAAUCCGUCGUGGAUUUUAUUGGGGUGGAAAAUUUAAUCGACAUCAAAGAAUUGCCUAGAGGCAGAAUAGAUUUGAGUUUUAGAUAUACGAUUCGGCCAGCCAAUUACAAAGCGAAGGUCACAAUCCAGCAAAUUUUAUUGAACAAACACGCACGACGCAUUCAGCUGCUGAAAGGCGAGAGCGAAACAUUUGAAUAUCGCAUUAUGGAAUUUAGCGGUGUGGACUGGGAUGAAAACUAUCUGAAAAAAUUCACAGACAAAAUGCUAUCAUCGUGGUCGUUUGGUUUACAUGGCAAGCACAGGUUUGCGGAAUUCCAGCUGACACUCGUUGACGGACCACCGGGCAUAUACGACAUCGAGCUAACAAUGACUCAUCCCAACACAGAGUGUGAGAAACGUCUGCACUACGAAAGAGUUUUCCAAGCAAAUCAGAAGAAUGUGUUCAAUUUUCAAACACGAUGGGAUAAACUGGAGGAAUAUGGUUUCACACACAACAUGGGAGAUUAUUUAGAGAUGAAAAUCAAAAUUUGUCCACUGCAAGUGGAUCUCAAGUAUGUACUGGACUUCAUGCUGGAAAACAACAGUGACGAGAACAGUGAAGAAGAAUAUGAUUAUUCUUCAUCUUCCUCAUCUUAUUGAUGUAAUGUUUUGUUUAACCAUGUAUUGUUUUAUUAGUUUCUGACAAAUUUUACCCAAACGGAUAUUUAUAUUCUAAUAAAAUGCUAAAAUUCACGCGCUUAA